AUGUACAAGGCCCUUCAAGCGAUCUUCUCAUCUUUCCUGCAGGCAAUCUGGUGCCUGCCGCAAUCUGUCCUCCGCCGUCCGAUGGCAUUGCCGCUGACGUUGGCGAGUGUCAUCGCACAAGACCAAUUUCCCCAUCUCACCGACACCGAGGCCGUAUUGCUCUUCGUAGAAUCAUUUCCAGCCGAAAUUGCACACUUGCAACAUGCAAGUGUGACUGUUGAAUCUGGUUCGAGCACACCUCUGGGCUGCUGCGAUGGCAAAUCGCCCUCCGCCCUCAUCUGCGGGACGGAACAUGCCGAGGUCAACCGCACGCUGAUCAGCAUGCUGGCGCUCAAAUGGCUGCUCGCGAAUGACUACGACUCGUUCGUACGCGGCCAGCCAGAGGAAGGAGGCCGGUUGACCUGGGAAUCGUUCCAGCAGAUGCGAAGGACCUUCACCAGCCUGUCCCACGACGCGCUCUACGCGUUACUAGUCGCGACCAUCAUCGAUGACAUCGGGAAGGAUCCCAAUCUGUCUCACCAGGCAGACCUCAGUCACUCCGAGGUCGUCUACCACGCAGCUUCUACGGGUCGCAUCCCGUCCCUUUCGACCGUCCCGAGCGCCAGCAAGGAGACCAUCCUGCAAAGCCUACAGAUCGGCAGCAAGCUCAACCUCUCGCAGCUGGUGCAAGGCGAAUGCCCCCCGGCCAGUCUAUCCGUGCUGCGCGCCGUGCAGAGUCCGUCAGCAUUUGAAAUGCGCGCCAGGGUGACGCUGCUCGAUGUCGCCGGCGCCGGCGCCCACCGCGAUGCGCGCGGCUGCGUCAUGAUGACCGAGUCGGUGAGCUCUACAUACCUGCGCGCUAUUGAGGUGGUGCGCGAGUUUCCUCAGGGUGUGUAUCGCGAUGAGCGCGCGUGCUACGACCGGAUUCUGGAGGAUCGGGCGGAGCUGCUGCACGGACAGGGCUUUGAGCUUCUGUCGACGCGGAGCGCGGACGAGCGGGCGCUCUUGCGGCUGUUCUGCAUGGGUCGCGUGGGCUGCAAGGAGUCUGCUGUCGUGUUCCAGAGGGCGUUUGAUGCGCUUUUGCCGACUGUGAGGCUGACGCUGGUGGACGGGCUGGGUGUGGAUGGGAUCGGUGAUGGGGUGGCGGUGGUCCCUUAUUAUGCGCCCGGUUUGCUGGCCGAGGUGCUUCGGGGAUGUCACGACGAAAAGGAUGAUGUUGUGCCUGCACUGUCUGCAUUUUUACGGUUUCUCGCGCGUGUUUUUGGCUCCCAGCCACGGUCGGAGGACACGGGAGUCGUGGAACGCGACUUGUCGUUUGUGCAGGCUGUGAUCAAGGAUCGAGCAUUUGCGGAAGACCCGUCUGUCCUGGAUACCGUGCGUCUUCCUUGGAUGCCUGUAGGCUCGCAAGUAUGA